AUGAAGAUUGGUAUUCCUAAAGAGAUCAAGGAUCAUGAAUUCCGUGUUUCCAUUACACCAUCUGGUGUUCAAGAAUUCGUUGCCAAUGGCCACGAAGUCUACAUUGAACACAAUGCUGGUCUCGGCAGUGGCUUCCCAGAUGAGAUUUACGUCUCUGUUGGCGCAAAGAUCCUCCAGACAGCUAAGGAAGUCUACGACAUCGCUGAUAUGAUCUAUAAGGUCAAGGAACCAAUUGGCCCAGAAUACGAGAUGAUCCAUGAAGGCCAGAUUGUUUUCACAUACUUCCACUUCGCUUGCGAGAAGGAAUUAACAGAGGCUAUGAUCAAGCGCAAAGCUAUUUGCAUUGCCUUCGAAACAGUUCGUGGCCCAGAUGGCAGAUCCCUCCCACUUCUUGUCCCAAUGUCACAAGUUGCUGGUAGAAUGUCUGCUCAGGAAGGUGCUCGCUUCCUCGAGAGACCACAGGGUGGCAAGGGUAUCCUCUUAUCAGGUGUCCCCGGAGUCAAGCCAGCUAACGUCCUCGUUCUUGGUGCAGGCACAGUCGGCUACUUCGCUGCUCUUUCUCUUGCUGGUAUGGGUGCUCAGGUUACAAUCACAGAUGUUUCCAUCCCAAGAUUAAACCAGAUCAGAGACUAUCUCCCAUCCAACGUCUCUACACUUUACAGCACAAGAUUCAACAUUGAGCAGGAACUUCUACAUGUUGACUUAAUCAUUGGCUGCGCUUUGAUCCCAGGUUCAAAGGCUCCAUAUCUUAUCACAAAGGAUAUGUUGAAGCUCAUCAGAGAUGGCACAGUUAUGAUCGAUGUCGCCAUUGACCAGGGUGGCUGCUUCGAAUCAUCCCAUCCAACAACCCAUACUGAUCCAACCUUCAUCUACGAAGGCAAGGUUCACUAUUGCGUUGGCAACAUCCCAGGUGCUGUUCCAUUCACAUCAACACCAGCUCUUGCUAAUGCUACAUUCCCAUAUGCCCUCCAGAUCGCUAACUUGGGCUGGGAAGCUGCUUGCAGAGCCGACAAGGGCCUUGCUCAGGGUCUUAACAUCGUCAACGGUAAGGUAACAUUCAAGGGUGUUGCUGAUGCUUUCAACCUUCCAUUUGAGCCAUGGGCUUAA